UAUAUAAACCUGCUGGGGCCCGAGGAGGAGGCAUCACUAUAGCGCGUCCCUUCCUCGAGUAACCGUCCAGCAGGAUUCCUCCUCCAACCCGAUCAGAAGUCUCAAUAGCAGUCAUGAAAGCCGUUUUGGUGUUCCUUGUUGUCGCCGUGGCCGCGGCGAUGGCUGCCCCGCAGCUCGGCUUUGGGAUUGGCAUCCCCUUCGGAGGCUACUACGGCGGCGGCUACGGUGGUGGCUAUGGUGGCUACCCACACCACCACCACCACCACGGCUACUACCCCGACCACCACCAUCACCACCACGGCGGCGGCCACUACGAGCACCACCAUGGGGGACACGGCGGCGGCGGUCACUACCACGGUGGUCACGGGGGUGGCGGUCACCACCACGGUGGCGGCGGUCACUACCACCACGGCUGAGAGAGGACUCGAUGACGACCGACACCAGCCUGAAUAACUUACUGUGUUAAAUCUCCUUGCGAUGCGAGUCGAUUGCAAUGCAGAACUCUGCGCUACAAAGCGCACCCGCGUGUUCCUAUCUCGCUGACGUUAUGGCAGAGAGAAAAAGUGCGUAGAAGAAAACCAAAAGUCCAGUCAAGUACGCAAGUGCUUCGUAUGUGAGUGUGAGUGUGAAUAUUUGUUUAUUUAUUGAAUUUAAUUUAUUUAAAUAAAAGAAAAAAAAUAGAAGAA